CGGAAGUGACGUCCGCAGGUCGGCAGCGCAGCACGGUGUUCAUUUGUGUUGCGGCGUUUGUUGCUGUCUGAUCUUCAUCGCAAAAAUGCCAGAGUUAGCGGUGGAAAAUGUGGUGGUUCACCCGCUGGUGUUGCUCAGUGUGGUCGACCACUUCAACAGGAUAGGGAAGGUUGGCAACCAGAAACGAGUGGUCGGUGUUUUACUGGGGUCGUGGCAGAAAAAGGUCCUGGACGUCUCAAACAGCUUUGCAGUGCCAUUUGAUGAGGAUGACAGAGAUGAUUCUGUGUGGUUCCUGGAUCAUGACUACUUGGAGAACAUGUAUGGGAUGUUCAAGAAAGUUAAUGCUAGAGAAAGAAUAGUUGGAUGGUACCACACAGGACCCAAGCUACACAAGAAUGACAUUGCAAUCAAUGAGCUCAUCAAGCGGUACUGUACCAACUCGGUGUUAGUCAUAAUAGAUGUAAAGCCAAAAGACCUUGGUCUGCCUACAGAAGCAUACAUCUCUGUGGAGGAAAUACAUGAUGAUGGCACACCAACAUCCAAGACAUUUGAACAUGUUACCAGUGAAAUCGGAGCUGAAGAAGCAGAGGAAGUGGGAGUGGAGCACUUGUUGAGAGACAUAAAGGACACCACAGUGGGCACUCUGUCGCAGCGCAUCACAAACCAGGUUCAUGGUCUAAAAGGACUCAACUCAAAGCUGUUGGACAUCCGCUCUUACUUGGAAAGAGUCUCCGCAGGCAAACUUCCUAUCAACCACCAGAUCAUCUACCAGCUGCAGGAUGUCUUUAACCUGCUGCCGGAUGUAAAUCUACUGGAGUUCACAAAAGCCUUCUACCUGAAGACCAAUGACCAGAUGUUGGUGGUCUACCUGGCUUCGCUGAUCCGCUCUGUGGUGGCUCUCCACAACCUGAUUAACAACAAGAUCUCCAACCGAGACGCAGAGAAGAAGGAAGGACAAGAAAAGGAGGAAGGCAAGAAAGAGAAGAAAGAUGAGAAAGAGAAAAAAGAUGAAAAAGACAAGGAGAAGGAAAAGGAAAAGACAGAGGGCACCAAAAAAGAUGAGAAGAAGAAGAAAUGAGUGCUCUUCCUCUCUGUUCCUCACUCAAAUCACACCCACAUCUGGAUGGUGCUCUACUUUCUGCCCACAGUCACUCUGUAUGUGGGUCUUUGACUAAAAGUAGACAUCUAUAAGUGGAGCUGUCAUUUGAGAUUUGGCCUCAUGGUGAGAAAUGGCACUCAAAGACUGGUCUUAUCAUAAAGAGAAGAUGUUUGCUCUCCAGUGUUCUAAACUGUGAGGACAUGUUUAUUCUGUUUUCAUAGUUGCCAUGCUCCCGGUGUAUGCCCACACCAAGUUGCUUUUUUUUGUAAGAUGGGGUAAAAAUGUAUUAUUCCUGUAUCACUUAUUAAAUUGGGGUCGUAUUACAAA